AUGAAUGCUCAUCAGGUGAUCACAGGAGCGUUGAACAAUGGUGAAAAUGUAUAUGCGUUAGGAAAUAUUGAAGGGCUAACCUUCACGGCGUGCGCUGUUGGAUCAGAUGUCGUCAUUUUGGACUCAGAUUUCAAUCGUGUGCAGAUCAUACCCGAAUCCAAAAAUCAUUUAUUAGUUAGCAGUUUGAGUUGUUGUCAGGAGACGGGAAAGAUUGCUGUCACUUAUGGGAACUUGGUGAAAAUCUUGGAGGCGACUAAUUCUGGAGCCGAUAAAUCAACGUUGAAGAGCUCGAUAUUCCAAUUCACAUGGGUCGAAACAUACUCGUUCACACACAAAGAGCCAAUCAGUUCUGUUCAAUGGUCGAUGGAAGGGCUGCGGCUCCUGUUUGUCAUCGGGAAUAAAUUAGUUCUUCAUCAACACAGAAGUGUCAGCAGCACGAGCCGAUCGUCAACAAGUACUCCAGUCACUUUUUGUAUUUCAGAUGACGACCUACAAGAGCGUCACACUUGGGAAAUAAUAUGGACCACUUCACUUCCAUACAAGCCAAAAUACAUUCGAUAUUCUCCAGAUGGAUACUAUCUCGCACUGUCUGGUGAUCGCGAUUGCUUCAUCAAAAUAUUCUAUCAAAACGGAACAGAGCACACGGAGCCCGAGUUCAUCGCGAUCACACUCAACCAUCCGGCUCCGGUGUGUGGUUUCGAGUGGCGAAAGACUGGACGGUAUAUGCCACGAAAGUGCAUCUCGCCGAUUCUCAUGUCGUGGUGUGAAGAUCGGACGUCGAGAAUUUGGAAGGAGACACCAGCGCCAGAAACUUCAAUCAUCGAUCUGACGGGUGAAGGCGGUGGGGAUCCGCUUUGGGAUCGGCAGAAACAGAAAAAGUUUCUCGGGAAGUAUAUCAGAGUGAAGAAGACAAAGACGAAAAUUUUGAACAAACUGCGGAAAAUGAUGCCAGAAAAGCACCAAGAAACUGAUUCCAACCCAAUUGGUAUCCGUGCACAAAUUGGCAAAAGUCCUUCUCUCCUCGACAUUCCAACCAGCAAGGACAACACUGAUCACCAGGAAACUUCGUUCUACCUCGCCGCAACAAUCAAUGCUGAGACUGACUGUCUCCUGGUUCCAUCAUUCAAUGAUCAUAACAAUCAGAAGCCGUUUUCUGUGCACUGGUUGAACAACAAGGAGCUGGUAUUUAGCGUUGGGGCUGAGAAGUUGCUCGCUGAAGCUGUUCUGUUGGAUCUUGAUGCAGUUACACAUUCGAAUGAUGAACCAGAAGACUCGUCACCAACGGAAAGCGAAAAGAAGCGGGAUUUUGAGCACGAAAAUGUUCGGUCGGAGCACUCGGAUGCGACUAGAACUGGAGGAAGUGUAAGCUCGGAUGCACCAUCAUCCAAGGACAUUCUAGAUGUGAAGCUGGAAAUUCUUUUGCGCCAGUGGACAAAAUCCAAUGACGUUCUCUUCUCCAUUCAUCCAGUGGAUGGGUCACUGCUGACAUGGACCGUUGAAUGGCUGGAUGACCAUUUCAGACAACCAGUCAUCUCAUACAGUUCUCGGCUCCCCGGUGCUCUUCCAUCCAGUGAUUCCAUGUCUCUUCACUCUAAGCUCAACACUUUCAAUCCGCACGAACCUAUUUAUUUGGACGCUUUAAGAAAUGAUAUGGAGAAUAAAGACACGAGCGUGUUGUUUCAUGACAAAUUGCUAGAACGUCGAGUUUCGAAUACGAUUCAUGUUCUAACGUCCCAUGACAAUGGUACUCUGAAUUUGUGGCACAUGUCGGUGGAUGAUCAGAGUAGCUUUUCGCACGUCGUGAGCAUGACACAUAUUUCAAGAAUGUGUGGGCAUCGAUUCCAAAUGCAACAGAUCAUUGCACAUCCGGUUCUACCCUUGCUCUUGACCACAUCAAAAUUCAAAUCAACAAAACUGAAAGUCGACUCAACAAUGGACGUACUCUCCGAAGUGAUCCUUUGGAAAAUUACACCGGUCGGUCCUCUUUGCAAGAAUGGAGGUGUGAAGGAACUAGCGCGAGUUGCCAGUCCCUCAAUCAACGGAUUUUCCACUGUUGGUUGGGUUCCGGCAAUACUUCCUAGCUGCACUCUUGGAACCGUCUGCAAUUCUCCUUCAUCGUGCUUCAUAUCUUGCGAUGGAAACCAAAUGAUCAUUUAUCAAGCUGUUUUGGAUGCUCGUGGACUUUUAUCAGAAUUGUCGAAUGCUCAGACUGCUUUCAAUAGUCGGACGCCAGUUGAUAACUAUAGUGACAAAAUUCUUCGCACUCCAUCGCCGAGAAGCGAUCGUGCGCCAUCAUUCCUAAAGCAGUUCAAUGUGGUCUCAACACAAUCGACAGCAAAGCCGGGGUGUGUGCUUGAAGUUGGGAAGAUUGAAGAUGUCAAUCUCAAUGAUCUCAAUUUGAUGUUCCUCCAUGUCUUCCAAUCGAGAAUAGUCAUGGCGGACGAUGAUGAUUCAAGCGAAUCAAAUCCAAUGAGCAGUGUCAUUGAUAGGAGUCGGAGCCCAACGUUCAGAGACAAGUUCUUCAUAGUCAUUGUUGAUCAGAAGGAGAAUGAGGAUGUUAUCAUGAUGUUCUCAUUGACCAUUUCAUCGCAACCACCACAAUCCAUUCCCACUUUUGACACUGAAGCUCUACCCGGUGAGAAGGGAUUCCUCAGACCAUCCAGCCCAUUGGCACCGUCAAUGGCAAAACUAAACUUUGAAGCAGAGCUUGUCUGCCGACAAGUGAUGCCACUUCCAGAGGGAACUCGUAUUACCAACAUGGCACCAGCUGCCGGACACUUGUCUUCGUCGUCGCUGUACCCAGCAUGCGAGACCCCAUACGUGCUUGUCUCUUCUGACAACGAUGACUCGGUACGCUUCUGGAGAUGUGCGAAGGCCACCGAUCCAGUCAGUCCCAACAAGUUUGAAUGGAGAGAGUGGAACAUGAUCAGUGACAAUCAUCCCAGCGAACUUGGCGUCGAAGGUUCAAUCGUGAAGGUCAACGCUGCACACAGUGGUAGAAUAGCUUGUGCCUACCAGAAGCCAAAUACCACAACUGAUAAUAAUAUCAUCAUUGAAGUAGCGGUGUUUGAAUGUGAAUCUUCUGGUGGUGUUGAGUGGUUCCGCGAAGAUAGCUUCCGAAUUCAACAAAAUCAUUUCUUCGAGUUUUCCAAGCCACACUUCACUGGAUCUCAAAGUAAACGUCAUUCGGGGGACCAGGAGCACCUCCAUCUGUUACAACAGCGUACGGAAGUUUUGCGGUCUAGUUUCCGACGUGGAAUCAAUGCUGGAAAACCGACAAAACCUUCUUACGAACUAAUUCGAGCUAUGGAGAAUGCAUCAUCGUCAGUAACUGAUAUUGCACAGAUGAAACUUGAGAAUAUGGUUCGUCUUGAUUGGGUAUCUACUGAAGAUGGUACGCAUAUGCUCACAGUUGGUAUGGGAACCAAAGUCUACAUUUAUGCACAGAUUGGACAAGAUCCGGCUCAACAGAACGUCACCUUGAUGCGCGAAAGUGAAACAAGCAUGAGAAGACCUUCAAUUCGAAAAGCUUCAUCACUUCUUCCUAACAUUCAACCAGACAGUCGCUUUACCAGUUGGGUUUGCUGUCGCGUUUUGAAUUUGGACACUGCCGAUGGUCUUCCACCGAUUCCGACUGCUUUAAGCUGGGUGCGAGAUGGAAUUCUGAUCGUUGGAAUGCAAAGUGAGAUGAGAGUGUAUAACCAGUGGAAUUUCAAGACCGUUCAGGAAAAGACAAAGAGUUCAAAUCCUGCUGCUAAUCCAAACAUUGUCAGCUUAACCGUCUCCACUUCGCAUUCCAUGUUGGAUCAAUUGACUCGAAAGAAGGAGGCACUUGUUUCCAGUCGUAGUCGAGUAUUUCUAGAAUUUGUGAGCACAAUGAACAAAGCUCAUCCAAAAGAAAACGAAAGUCAAAUGGUGCUCAAUAUUCUGAAAAGUGAAGGUGUAUUUGAAACGGCUCGUAUGUGCUCCCCAAUUCUCCCACAAUACCAUCCGAAGCAGCUGAUUGUGCUUCUUAAUGCUGGAAAGAAACGACGUGUGAAAGCGAUUCUGAAUCAUGUGUUGAGCUCCUUAAAACAAAAAAAAGGUGCUGCUCACAAUCCACUGAGCCGUGCGGCUUCGAUCAAAAGAAUGUCAACUGUAGAUCGUGAGGACUCUACGAAUGCAACACCGGCGGAUGCCAGAAUUGAUGAUGACUCUAUGGAUUAUGAUGAGAUUGACGAUAUUCCACUGCUUCCAUUGUACGCUUUGAUGAAAGUUGACUUUGAUUCGGAUGUUGUCGUGGAAAAAUCCGAGGAGCUUAUGGCAAAGAACACUGAUGAAUAUGAUGAUUUGUUUGACGAUGGAUUAGACAAGGAUGGAGACAUUGAUGCGAUUCUCCGAGACAAUGAGUCGAUGUACAGUGGUAGAUCACGUCAUAUGUCCGGUGGAAGUGAUAUGGGAAGAAACGAGAAUCAAGUGUCUGCAAUUUUCACGGCCAAAGACUACAGAAAGCUGACCGAACUGCUGACGCACACACAUCUUCCCGGAUUGUCUAGUGUUGAUCAGAUGCACUUGCUAGCUAUUGCUGACACCUUGAGUCACUUUGCCAGUGACGCCAAGGACAAGGUGGAACAAGCGAAUGCAGCUAUGAAGCCUGUUGUUCAAUCAGUACUCGGUGAUAACACUGCUGGUGGAUAUGCCACUGCCGCUGCCGGAGUUGAGACUGUCGAUGAAUGCGGGUUACGGUACCUGAUGGCUAUGAAGCAGCACGAAUACCUUAUGGUGUGCCUCCCGAUGAAGCAACGAAUGGAAUUGAAGAAAUCCGGUCUUUCGGCCUCGAAUAUCAUUUGGGCUCAGCACUCUGAAACUGAAACUGAGCUGUUGAAUGCCGUACCUGGAAUGCAUAGAACAAAUCCGUCGUGGGAAGAGUUGAAAGGUCUCGGAGUAGCGUGGUGGUUGAAGAAUACCGCAAGCUUGAAAAUUUGUAUCGAAAAGAUUGCAAAAGCUGCAUUCCAGCAAAAUCAAGAUCCUAUGGAUGCUUCGCUAUUUUAUCUUGCUCUCCGCAAGAAGAAUGUGCUCACACAUUUGUUCAAAACAAUACGCAACACGACAAUGGCUGAUUUCUUUAUGAAUGAUUUCACGAAAGAGCACUGGCAAAAAGUUGCAGCCAAGAAUGCGUUUGUAUUGAUGUCCAAGCAACGAUUCCAACACGCCGCUGCAUUUUUCCUGCUCAGUGGAUCCUUGAAGGAUGCAGUUCAAACAUUAUGCAGCAAAUGCAAUGAUGUUCAACUAGCACUUGUUGUUGUACGAAUGUAUGAGAGUGAUCCAGAAGCACAACAAGCAAUGAUCAAUGAGGUUUUGUGCAGAGAAGUGCUCGGAAUCACUUACGAAGAAUUUGAGACUCAGCGUGGUUGCUGUGAUGAUGAUGCACCAGUCAGUGCUCAUGCAUCAAAGGAACCUUUCGAAAGAUCAAUGGCUUUCUGGAUUUUAAAAGACUACACGAGAGCAGCUCAUACUUUGGUACAAGAAGCACAAUCUGAUCGUCUUUUGUCUAGUCUCUCCGACAUUUUCAAUUUCUACUCGUAUCUGCGAAAGCAUCCACUUGUCGUCAGACAACGGCUGAACAAUGUUGGAGCACAAGUCGGCACUACUGAAAAGCUGUUAGCACUUGGAAGACAAUUGGAGAGUAUUUUGACUCCACCUGAGCGUCGCCUAUUCUUUAGAACUUCUGCUGAACACAUGGCUAGAGGCUGUCCAAUGUUGUCACUGGAUGUUCUGAACACACUUCCAAAAAGAAUCAGCAUAGUUCAAGAUUACGAUGAAGCGCUGAAACUUUUGUUCGGAGACAAUCAAAAUCAAGCCGCUCCUCCACCUCCACCACAAAUGUCCAUUGACGUUGAUUGGAGCAAGCCAACAACAUCGGAUGAGCCGGAUGAGUUGAAGCUAGAUUGGAGUGACGAAGAAAAGGACGAUGAAGAGAUCGAAGAAGUUACGAAUGAAAAUACAGUGGAUGCUCCGGUAAUUCAAAAUGGUGCUGGAAUUGAAAACGCAGCCACAUUACAAAGUCAGCUCGUUGGUGCCACUGACAUUUUCGCACAACACAUGAAAUUUGUCGCCUCGUUGAGGAUACUGACAGAGGAACUGUCGACGUUAGCGAGUGGUUUUGAUGUUGACGGUGGGCAAUUGAGGAACCAGUUACUUAACUGGCUGGAGCGAGAAGUGGAAGUCCUUCAAACUACAUGUGACUACAAUGUGGAGAGAAAAUCGGACGAAGCUAAUGAGGAUAACCAUGACUCUGAUUACUGGAGCUCCACAGGACCUAACUAUGACCAACCGAGUGAUCUUUCAAAACUGUCAAGAGCGAGUCCAUCACUAACUCCAAAACGGAUAACAUGGCUCAAAGCGAAUCAGAAACUUUUGCGCUCUUUCACUUCCUUUUGCACACUUCACUCGGCCCACAACCAUCGCCUUGCGUCGGUGCUGAUGGAGCUUUUACUACUUCUGCUCAAUGUACAGCGUGAUGGUGACGAUGAUAUUGUUUCGAAGCAACUUAUGGCCACUGGUGUGAACACGUUCCCACUGCUAGAUGCCGCUGUGUCAACGCCGAAAAUGUUUGUCUCGUCGCCGUUGGCUUAUAUUGAAAACCAAGGGUCUGAUCUUCUGGCCGCAAUUAGUGAGCUUUCUGAUGUCCCAAAUAUGGCUGGUGAUUUACAAAAGUGCUACAUGCUUUACAACUUAUGCCAGGGAUUCUCCUGCUGCAUAUAUCUAUCGCUCACCGAUAUUGAUCAAAUCUACUCUUCCAUGCUUAACCUAGCUCCUAAACCAGCACCAAUUGGAGGAUCCGAAAAUCAUGUUGUGACGCCACCUGUCAAAUGGCCAGGUGUAGAAGCACUUGUUGCAUUGUUGGGACGUGAAAAGGAGGAUGAUGCACCACAGCUACGACUAUUGAUCAUUGAAUCAUUCUUGGCAAUUUCGAUGUCACUUUUCUGCUUUGCACUGUCUGCGUACGACUCCCGAUGGCUAUUCCGUUUAAGCGCACACGAAAUUGAUCCUAGUAAAUUUGGACUCAUUUUUGGAGGAGGUGGUGAAUCGAAAAAGGCUUCACAUCCACCAGCACGCCCACCGCGUCCCGCUGCUCCAGUUGUCCAGAAAGAAUCAACAUCUGAGAACAAUGGUGACAAUCUCCGUUCACGCUUGAAUCUUAGAAUUCUCGGCAACGAAAAGCUCUCCACCGCGUCAAAAGACAGUUUACCUUCGGAAGCAUUGCAUUCCAAGUGGGUGCCGCCGCAGAAGAAUAUUGUGCAGUUGUUUGCUGAAAAGCCGAGCGUGAUGAUGCACGAAGAUGACGAUGAUGCUUACGAGUCUGACGAGGAAGAUAAAGGGAAUAGCUAUUCCGACGACGAGGAGGAUGAGGAUACGUUGAGUUGUGAGAAUGCGGCUCCGGCUAGUUUUGCGUGGCAGUUGUUGAGGCUGGCGUUAAUUCAACAGCAGCUACAUCGUGUCAAGCAGUUUUUGAUUUUAGUUGGAUUUGAUCCACGUGACAUUCCAACAGUCGCUCCUCGCAUUGACUCCAUUCUUCAACAGCUCAACUCGUGGAUCUCUCUGCAACACCAGACACUUAAAAACUUCCCAGGUGGAAUUCCAAACGAUGUCCUUCCGGAUAUGACUAUUGAUAUGAGUGAUCAGCAUCUUGCUGCAUCAAUGAAAAAGUAUGCCGUGCUUGUUAAAAAGAACAACACUCCUUUUGAGUCAGAAGAUAGGAAAAUUCAAUCUAUUCAACGCUUGUGGACAUUCCUUGUGAGAGAAGAUCAUCUUCAAGAGAUAUUCAUCAAAUACAUUUUCUCACAGCACAGUAUGAUGGAAAGCGCCCCAGAACCUAUUGACAUGAUAGUGGGCAUUGACAACAAUCCACAUCUCCCAGAAGCAUUCAAAAUCGUUCAAAAAGAUAGUGAACCGAUUGUCGCAUUCGGGUGCAACCAAGAGUCGCCGGGACUGAUUGUCGUGUCGAACGGCCGAGAGCUUCAAGAGAUGGACAUGUCCAACGUGUUCAAGGAUCAGUAUGAUCAGACAUCAUGGAUGUGGAAUCGAGCAGAUCUUGACAUGAAGAAUAUUCAUUCAAAACGAGAUGCUCUGCGAGAUAACGAUGAUUAUCAAAUCUUCACCGAUACCAACUCUCAAAAUGUCAAACAUACCAAUGUGCUUACACCCUGGAUAAUUGAUCGCAGUCGUAGAGGACUAAAUAAGAUGAUCAAACGCCAUAUUCCCGGAGUUCGUCGUAUUGAUUCACAUCCGCAUGCUCCGUUCUAUGUGACUGGAUCCUCGGAUGGGUCGAUCAAGGUUUGGAAGUGGGGAGCGAAGGAUACAGUCUACACGGCUCGAGUUGCCGGACAACACGCCAAAGUGUCAAAAAUUGCUUUUUCGUGCAAUGGAAACAAGUUUGCCGCGGUGGACGGAGAUGGAAUGUUGUGUCUCUGGCAAGCUAGUCAGGCUACAGAGCAGAAGAAGCCGUUCUUUAGUCAGCGUUGUCACAACAAGUCGGCCACUGAUGUUCGAUUCCUUGGUCACUCUGCUUCAGUGCUCUUGACUGCUGGAUCUUCAUCUCUCGACUAUAAUCUCGGUCUUUGGGAUACACUUUUACCGACCAACCGUGCUCUUGUUCAUUCCUGGGUGGCUCAUCCCGAAGGAGCCACUUGUGCUCUUUAUGUUCCUAACCAGCAGACAAUCUUUUCUGGUGGACGACACGGUGAAAUAUGUCUGUGGGAUAUUCGUCAACGACAGUUGCGGCACACGAUCAAGGCGUUUGAUCAGAUGCAUGUUGUCAAAACACUGGCCACCGAUUCGGCUCAGGAUCUCAUUGUGUCUGGAUCGAGUGAGGGUGAUAUUAAGAUUUGGUCGGCCGACGCGAUUCCACAGCUUAUGUACAGUUUACCAGGCGAGCAUACGGCCAAAGGAGGAUUUUCAUUCAGGCAAGUGGGUCAAUCAACUGUACAAGGUGUCCAACAACUAUUUAUCGAUCAAAACAUGCGUCUUUUCUCAUGUGGUGCUGACGCUUCACUCAAGUUCCGCACACUACCGUCAAUCUUCAACAUGACAAGUCUUUUAUAAUUUUAUAUGUAUGAUAUUUAUGGUUUUUUCAUACCCCCUACCCUACUUUCGAUGUUUUCUCAAACUUUACCUAACAACUAGAUCAGUAGCUAUUGCACGCUUCAAACGUCUACUUACCUCUAUUUUUAUCUUUGUUUUUCCUUCCCAAAUACCAGAUUUUCAUGUGUAAUUCAUCGUCACUUUUUUCUGUGUGUGUGUGCCACAUUUUAAUUUAAUUCGACUUUUUUUUAAUUCGGAACUAUGUCACUUAAAAUUAUUUUUCCCCUCCGCUCCCAGCCAAUCAAACCCAGUUUUUCAUGUUUCAAAUGGUUAGUGUCAAAGAAAAUUUACAGAUGAUAGAUGAUUGUGAGAUUUAUUUUUUUUUACGCUGUAUGCAAAUAUUUAUAAUUUCCGAGUUGUGCUUUAUUUAUUUGAACAAAAAUUUCUAUGUCUACGUAGUCUAUUUCCCCCCAUCCACUUAGGACCAGCCAGUGCAAUUGUGAACUAUAACUAGAUUCCAGUAGAAAAUGCAUCCGUGAACAACAACAACAACACAUUCCACUAAGUUAACUUUUUUUUCAAACUUGUUUAUUAUUUGCAAUAAAUGAUUAAAAAAAACAAAUA